UGGGCAGGUUUGCGCACAGAGACCUUCUUCUUAGAUCCGGAUUCGGCUUCGCAUCUUCCUUGAUCGGGAUCAAACUCUCUUAAAAAAAAAAAGCGCGAAGCAAGCAAAUGAUAUAAUUAAAAACCACCCCAUUUCAAAGGAAAUAAGUUUUAAAAACCCACAAAGCGCUCCACCCUCAGUAUAAAUAUUUUUUUUCGAGGCAAAUGCCUUCGCGGGCACGUCCCAACGGCGUGGCAACUCCUGGUCCCUCGUUUCAAGGCGCUAGGCAGCGCUGAGGACUGGGAGUGCAUGUUAAUUCCUUCGCAGCCGAGUUGAUUUCUGAUUUAUUUAUUUAAAAAAUAAUAAUAGCGAGCACGCACACACACAUAUCUUUCUCUGCUUGUCUGGACAGUUUUUUGGGUUUUUUUGCACUGCAAUGCACUGAUGCCAUUGCAGCAGCUGUUCGCCAAACCGUGGGGAGGAAAGACCCUUUUGAAAUCUCUCUCGUUUCGCUAAAGGAGCCCCAGCCGCCGAGGACUGCUCCAGACAAGACUGCAGUUCGCCUUCCUCGGCUGGAGAUCCAAGGGCGUCCAGCUGCCGAUCGUGGGAUCUCCACCUUGGGACUGCAAUGAGAUUUGAAGAGCUUGUGGCAAAAUCUUCUGGGCUACUCACACUCCAGUCACAGGAAAAGAUCUAAAUCUGUUGCAUGAAGACUGCGGUUUGGUUGCUUGUCAAGAUGAUCGCCUGCUGGAAAACCUGUGUCUUGGCAGCCAUCUUUCUUCCUUUGGCUGCUCCGAUGCAUUCAGACUGUUUCAUCAGGAAGGAGCAAGAGGCCUGCUUGGAGACCAUCCGGAAGCUGAACGCCUUAAUGCCACUGAACGAAUCGGCUCCAGGAUGCCCAGGGAUGUGGGAUAACAUUACCUGUUGGAAGCCUGCCUUUGUGGGCGAGGUCGUCUUCGUCAAAUGCCCAGCACUCUUCACAAUGGUCAACUUCGAUGACGGCUGGGAUGUGAAUAGCUUGGCCUACGCACAACCAGGUGACCUCGAACUCCUGGACAACGCAGACGAAAUUCUAGGUGGAUCUGCAGAUUUAAAGGUUGUCGGUAGGAACUGCACUGAGGACGGCUGGUCAGAAUCUUUCCCCCAUUACUACGAUGCCUGCGGGUUCGAUGAGAAUGACACCAUGGGAGAUUAUAACCAGGAUUACUACUACCUCUCGGUAAAGGCUCUGUACACAGUGGGCUACAGCACUUCCCUUGUUUCGCUCACCACUGCAAUGGUGAUCCUGUGCCGUUUCAGGAAACUGCACUGCACACGGAACUUCAUCCACAUGAAUCUCUUUGUCUCCUUCAUCCUGCGAGCCAUUUCGGUCUUCAUCAAGGAUGGAGUUCUGUACGCCGAACAGGACAGCAACCAUUGCUUUAUCUCAACGGUGGAAUGCAAGGCUGUGAUGGUCUUUUUCCACUACUGCGUCAUGUCCAACUAUUUCUGGCUCUUCAUCGAGGGGCUGUACCUUUUUACCUUGCUGGUGGAGACUUUCUUUCCAGAGAGGAGAUACUUCUACUGGUACACCAUUAUCGGCUGGGGAACUCCUACCAUUUGCGUCACCAUCUGGGCUGUCCUUAGACUUCACUUUGAUGACGUUGGCUGCUGGGACAUGAACGACAACACAGCCUUGUGGUGGGUGAUCAAAGGCCCUGUGAUUGCAUCAAUAAUGAUCAACUUCUUGCUUUUUGUGGGCAUCAUCAUCAUCCUGGUCCAGAAGCUCCAGUCGCCUGAUAUUGGGGGCAACGAAUCCAGCAUUUACUUCUUCAUGGUGGAAAGAGAGGAGAAACAUGGCAUAUCCCAUCGCAGCUGCGUUCAGAAAUGCUACUGUAAGUCCAGCAGGGCUAAUCAACACGCUUGCAGGAUGUCAGAACUGUCCACCAUUACCUUGAGACUGGCUCGCUCCACCUUGCUACUUAUUCCACUGUUUGGGAUUCAUUACACGGUGUUUGCCUUCUAUCCAGAGAAUGUCAGCAAGAGGGAGAGGCUGGUCUUCGAACUGGGACUGGGAUCUUUCCAGGGCUUCGUGGUUGCUGUACUCUACUGCUUCUUGAAUGGGGAGUUUCUCCCUAAAGGUGCAGUCAGAAAUAAAGAGGAAAUGGAGGAGCUGGAAAGUCAACCGGUACUUUGCUGUGGAUUUCAAGCAUCGCCACCCCUCCCUAGCAAGCAGCGGUGUGAACGGGGGGACCCAGUUGUCCAUUCUGAGCAAGAGCAGCUCACAGAUUCGAAUGUCGAGCAUAAAUGCGGAGAACCUGGCGACAUGAGCGCAUAAGCCAUCUUCCUUCCCCUCCCCAAAGGGGGGGGGAGGGGAGAGAGAAAAGCUCCCUUUGGAAACAAAACAACAUCAUCAACAACAACAAAAAGGUCAUAAUUAAUUUUGGUGGUGUGGGGUGGUUGUGUCUGUCUCUGUGUUUUGUUUUAAAAGAAAAAAAAACCCACCUCCCUUUUAUUAAAAAAAAAGAGAGGCAGAGAAACAAAGUUGUUCUGGAAGCAUGAGACGUCAUCCCUGAGGGGUGGAUAAGGCAUUGGAGAGGAUUGUAAAUAUGCAACUGAGAUCAUCCGGACCAAAAAAAAAAAAAGAAGGCAUUCAACUCAUCCACCAUCUCAGCACGCUGCAAAUAAUUCCAUUCUUGGCCUGCCAUUUUUGGUGAUUGUCCUCUGUCCCAUUGUGAAUUUUGAGUGCCAAGCUGAUACCUGUGAAUGAACCAUGUAUAUUCAUCUCCAAUGCAUCUCCCUCUGUCUUGGGCUAGUCUCCGCAUCCUCUUUCAUGACAUAGAAUGUAGCCUAAAUUCUUCACUGGAUGCACGACCAACCUCGAUGAGAUGAUGGUUGCGAUGGAUCCCACCAGUGGCUGCCCAAGUGUGAGGCAUCCAAUGAGGUUGUGCAGAACUGCGCCAUGUGGACAGCAGCCACUCGAUGGAUGGAAAAGCCAUGCCCAGCGAAAAUGGAGCCAACCGGUGUAUUCCGUCCUCCAGGAAUGUAUUAGAAAGCUUCUGUUAUGCUGUGAAUUUUCUAAAAGGGUUGUCCAAGUUAAGAUAGAGCUAUAUUUUUGAGGUUGAUGGGGGGAGGGGCUGCUUCUUUUUUUAAAAAAAGUGGAAAAUAUCUAUCUACAUAUAUCCCCCACAUUAAGUCUACAUGAAUUCCUUGAAGGUCAAUUCCUCCGGACUACAUGCAAAACCUUCUCCACUGAUACAUUUCCACAGAAAUAAGGAUGUAACUGGUAGUUGUGACCCCCGACGGCACAAGCUGGUUGUGUGCCAGGGUUCACGUCGAAAGGGCUAAGCAAUUUUUGUGGGUUCUACAUAGCUAAAACAGGGGGGUCCAUUUGGGUGGGUCACAGAAGGUCCAAGAUCCAAUGCUGUGGCCAAGAAAUAAUAUAGACUUUGGAAGUGGGGAAACUUGUGUUUAGGUUGAGGCACUUCCCACGCCCCCCCAGGGGAGAGUUUAGUUUGUUUAGGAAAUCAUUAAUGCCUUCAAUAUAGGUUCGAGUGGGGAAUUUCUUCCUCGCUCCUGCCUUCUAGUCAGAGCCACAACCGAAACAUAGCUACUUCAGCCGAAUUAAAACAAUGAUGUCAAUUCUCAGGAGACUUUGUGCAUUGCAUGAAGGCCUCUGGACUUUUUAUCGUUCCUCUGUGGAUUGUAUGAGCCUGUCUUAGAUGUUUCAGAUCCUCUCUAAUCUUUUAAUGUGAGUGUGUGAGCUUGCCUGUUGUGUGUGUACAUUAGAGAGGGGGGGAAGUGUUGCUAUUUUGUUAAUGAAUGCAAGCUGAGGCCAAGAAAGUUGCAACGAAAGGGCUGGUUCUUUCUCCUUUGUUUAAAUGAACGGGGUUUUUAAAUAAUAAAAUAAAUAAAGUGUUUCAGGGGGGGGGUGGAGAAGAAGAAGUGGACCAUAGGAGCAGGGAGGCAUGGGGAAUCUGACUCUGCGGAUGUUGAUGGACUACAAUUCCCAUCGUUCCCAACCUCCCUGAGGUUGAUGGGAGAUGGAAUCCAACCAAAUACAGAAGAUCAUCUAGAACGGGGUUGACCAACUCCCGAGAGACUGCGAUCUACUUUCAGAAUUAAAAUCUGGCAAUGAUCUACCCCUGCUUUUGGGGGGUUCAGGUCUAAGUUGUUGAGCUUCUUUUAGGGAGGAGGAAAGCCCCAUUUUUAUACUUCCUUAGGAAGGAAGUUCCGUUUUUUGGAGGAGGGGGGUUAAAGGCAAGGGUCAAAGGGGAAAAAGUCACUCACAAUAAUAUCUCUUUGAAUGAAAACAGCCACAGAGAGAAAGCUCCAUCUUCCCUUCCACUGAUCAGACAACAAUGGAAGGUGGGGCGAGGGGGUGGGACAGGAGUCAGUUUAAACGACACUGAGGAAAGGGAGCCAGAGAGCGACCCACAAUCUACCAAAACCUCGCGGGGAUCUACCAGUAGAUCAUGAUCAACCUGUUGGACAUCCCUGAUCUAGAACAUACAGAGGACCAUAGGCUCCCCAUCCCUGAGCUAGAGCUUGGUCCGUACAUGUUGAGUAGCACAAUCUGCUCCUUCAUCAUACAUUGGGGAAGGGCCAUAGCUUAGUGGUAGAGCAUCUGCCUUGAAAGCAGAACAUCCCGGGUUCAAUCCCCAGCAUCUCUAGGUAGAGCUGGCAGGGACCCCUUGCCUCAAAUCCUGGAGAGUCGCUGCCGCACAGUGUAGACAGCAGUGGGCAAGAUAGAGCUGGAGCAAUGGUCUGACCCAGUUCAAGGCAGCAUCCUGUUUUCCUGUGUUCCUAAUCUCAUGCCAUGCAUGGACCAGUUUGUCAGCUUCAACACACAUUAGCUGCCAUCUUGGCUCCAGUGUCCAUGGAAAAGAAGCUCCAGGAGAAAUAGCUUUGCACACCUUGUGCAUCAGGAUAUCCAACACAGCCUGCUGGCUAAGCAAGGAACAGCCACAGUGGUGCCCUCUGGGUGAUAAUGAACUACAUUGACCAUCAUCCUUAGCCAUUGGCUGUGCUGCCUGUGCCCACUGGGCAAUGUAGUCCAACCAUCCUUGAAGGGCACCAGGUUAGCUGCUACCUCUGGGCUAAGCCAUGUAUGGUGGCCCAUCAGGUCCUCCACAACCUUGUCCCUCCCUUGUUUGGCCAGGUGGUUUAUCAAGUCCCAUUUGGCUCAGUGGGUCACCGGUUGUGUUGAGAACAAUGCAUGAGUUCCCUUCGGUAUCAGAGAGAGCUGGGCAUAAACACUCCAUGCCCCCAUGCAGUCUUCUAGUGGCAUCAAAGGGGGAAUGGAGGUCCAUAUUAGCAUUGAGCUCUCUGGGUUUCUGGAAAGGGUAGUCACCGCUUAGGAGCCUUGACUGCAAAGUCUCCUUGGUGCCACUCCCAACCCACUACUACAUAUGGGAUGGUUGUCACAGGCUGAAAGUUACCUGCUUGCAAAUCCUUGCAUAGCACCUAACAGAUACCUCCAGCUGCCGGCUUAGGAGGUGGGUUGGACACUACCUCAUGGUAAUUGUAGCCAUCGCAUCUUAGCAGAGCAACCAUGGGGUGAAACAAAACUGACUGGGAUCCAGAAGGCGGUUGCCCCAUUUGACCAGCCCUGGGGGUGAGAGAAGCAAAGGCAUAUGGGACUCUUCCCAUUCCAAUGACUGGAUCAUGGCCACUGUGUACAAAAGCUCCUUUUCCUUCUUUCUGGAUUUUGUUCGCUCACGUCGUGAUGUUGUGUGAAAUGUAUUUUUUUUCAAUAUAUAUCUAUAAAUCGUUUGUUUGUUUUUUAAAGAAAUGAGCAAAUGGAUGUGUCCAUUUAGACCAGGGGUCAGCAACCUUUUUCGGCCGUGGGCCGGUCCACCGUCCCUCAGACCAUGUGGGGGGCCGGACUAUAUUUUGAAGGAAAAAAUGAAUGAAUUCCUAUGCCCCACAAAUAACCCAGAGAUGCAUUUCAAAUAAAAGGACACAUUCUACUCAUGUAAAAGCACACUGGUUCCUGGACCGUCCGCGGGAUGGAUAGAGAAGGUGAUUGGGCCAGAUCCGGCCCCCGGGCCUUCGGUUGCCUGCCCCUGAUUUAGACUGUAUUCACACGACAGUUUAUUCUGCUUUCAUUGUGUUUCCCUAACUGUUAAAUAUAUUUGAGCUUUCACAUGAUGUGAAAGCCACUUCCAGGAAUACAGAAUAAGUUUAAUGCUCAUUUCCAUGUUAUUUGCAAAUAGAUUUCCCCCCCUGGAAGUAAGUAACAGGGAAAUGAGCACCAAAGUCACACUAUACUCCACGAUAUUUCUGAAAUUGAAAGCUCAUACUGUAUGGAAGCUCUUGCGGAAUGAAGAAAUUAACAGUUAGGGAAACAUCAGGAAAAUGGAAUAGACUGCCAUGUGGAUGGCGCAUUGUGUUCUAUUCCUGGAAGCGGCUUUUGAAGCUCAAACGUAAUGUGAAAAUUAAGUUAGGGAAACCUCAUGGAAAUGGAAUAAAGGCGGCUUCCUAUGUUCCUCUUUGGAUUGGGUUCACGUUCCACCAAGUCACAAAGAAGUUUUAAAUCACUGCAAAAUUGGCAGUUCAUUCUGAACUGUGAUUGAAAGCAACAGUUAUUUCUUUCAGAUGGAUCUCAGAUCUGUUCCCAGUUGUGAUGGUGCAUGGGACCAAAAAACAAAACAAAACCCUAUAAGUAGUAAACACAAUUUAUAUCAUCCAGAGCUUCUUGCUCACUAUGAUGCAUGCAGAGUGACUUGCCCAUUUGCUUCAAUAGAGAGGGUAGUUCUGAGAGCCCAUCCCUGGUUUUGCACAGAUGGAUCCCUCCUUUACAUGGAGGUAAAACGAGAAGCCCUUGCGUGCAGGAGAUCUGUGCCUGCAUCAGAGCUUCUGUGCCAAACAACUGAAAUUGCCAAGAUUCCAGAACUGGCAACGGAGCAAAUUUCAACCGUUCCAUAGGAUCUCCCAAGAUUCAAUGGACUGGAUGUUUGCACGUACGCUGCAACCAGUCAAUUGCACUGGUAUCAAGGGAUUAUUUUGCUCAGAUUCCACAGGGAUCGCUGCAGCAAAUUGCCAGGGAUCCAUUGAGAAGAAUGGCCAAGGUUUUGAAGGCGUCGAUGGAAGCAAUAGGCACUCAUUGAGUGCCAAAAGAAAAUGUUGCCAGGGUCGAAUGGCGGUCUGUGUAGCAUAGGCACCAGUGGAGAAAAAGGUUCCAGUUCUAUUGGCACCCAAGGAGAACGUGGCCCAGAUUGUAUCUCAGAAAGACUGCAAAGACCUUGUGGCUGCUUAGGACAACAGGCAGGUAACUCUGCAUGUCUGGAAUCUUGAAAGGCUUCCUCCUUUAAAUGGCAGACGAGAGGUGGCUGGGUUGCUCAGACCCCUUGUAUUUCCAGGCCAGACCACACACACACCCCUGGUCAAACUCAAAGCACAGGUGAAAUUUGGCAAAAGGAAGGGGUGAUGUUAUUGUCACAGCUGGUUCUGAAUGUAAGCUGGUUAUCUUCUGGUGUUGACUCUUAAGCUGGCAAUCUUUCUUAUCAACUGAAAGAGAAGGUUUAGGAAGAAAUGUCUUCGUCUGCAUGUUAUGGAUAUGAAUACCAUUUAAAUUUAUUGCCCACCCCUUCACUCUAAGGUCCCAGGGUAACAAUUAAAACACAAUGUCACCAACAUUUGUGAAAAACUUAAAUUUGCAAAAAAAAUAAGGGCAUCCUAAAAAUAUGCACCUCAGGUGUCAAAAGUUUGGUGCAUCUUCAGCAUUCAUCAAAAGCUGUAUAAUUAAGAUGUCAGAUACAUCUCUUUGCCCUGACUUUUGACACCUAAGACUCAUUUUUCUAUAUCUUUGAAUGGAAACUUACCAGAUUUGUUUUUCCCACGCCAGGCCAUGAACAAAGACACUUUCGAAAUGAUCACUUCUCUCAAUUUUGUGUUGCAACCAAUGUGCACAAUUGGGUGCAUAUCAGUCAAAAGAGCAUGCAAAACUAUGAUAGUGACAAUAGCAUACGAAAAUGAAUUCAGCUAAUGGAAAACUGCAAUUCAUGUAAUAGGCUGGAAUUUCUAUAACUAUCUGUACUUGAGGAGAAAUGGGUGCAAAAAAAAAGUGUUUAUGAAUUUUCAUAUUCUGAUAUGGAAAUGGAGCAAACUGAAUUUAAGAUUAGAAAAAUGAGGAACUGGUAGGAAAUUAAAUGUACCAUCCAUCCCUAGGGGCAACCAGAGAAGAUGGACAGCUGAAGAGUUGACAGCAGAAGACAAAUUCACCCCCAAGCAGCAGUAGUGAUGAUCUGAUUUCCCCUCCAACCCAAGCUGCCCCCAUGAUUGAAGGUGUCCUAGAGAAUAUCCCCUCCAGUAGGCCUUUUCCACAGUGGCGUGCCUGAGUGGAUGUACUUGGUGGCAGAAGUGGGUCACAGCCAUUCGGAUGCUCUGAGCUGCACUGGCUGGCUGGAUCUAGCCACCAGUGAAACUCCCCACGAUAUCUGAGUGUGACGCUAUGUUGGUGGCAUUGUGGGAAAUUUCAACCCAGCUGACUGGUGUUGCUCAGCGGGUCAGGCUGGAGGCACCAAUGCUUAUGAAUACCAGUUGCUGGGAGCCACAGGAGACAAGAGAGGGCUCUUGUGCUUGAAUCCUGCUUGCGGGUUUCCCAUAGGCACCUGGCUAGCCACUGUGAGAACAAGAUGCUGGGUUAGAUGGACCUUUGGCCUGAUCUAGCAGGCUCUUCGGGACGUGGGUGGCGCUGUGGGUUAAACCACAGAGCCUAGGAAUUGCCGAUCAGAAGGUCGGCGGUUCGAAUCCCACGACAGGGUGAGCUCCCGUUGCUUGGUCCCUGCUCCUGCCAACCUAGCAGUUCGAAAGCAUGUCAAAGUGCAAGUAGAUAAAUAGGUACCACUCUGGCGGGAAGGUAAACGGUGUUUCCGUGCGCUGCUCUGGUUCGCCAGAAGCAGCUUAGUCAUGCUGGCCACAUGACCCGGAAGCUGUCGCCGGCUCCCUCAGCCAAUAAAGUGAGAUGAGCGCCGCAACCCCAGAGUCGGCUACGACUGGACCUAAUGGUCAGGGGUCUCUUUACCUUUAUCCUUUAGCAGGCUCUUCUUGUGUUCUUAAAAUACUGUAGAAACAGGGGAGGCAUAUCCGUGAAGCACCAUCUCUGGUUACUGGAGCCCAGCAGCUGCCUAGGGAUACUUGUGGUGGACCUUAGCCCUGCCUGUGACAAGGGGCUACUGCUUGGCAAGUCUGGUCUGUCUCCUUCAUAGGAGGAGCUAAUGGGGGGACCUACACAUCCAUCCAGUGUGGUGUAGUGGUUAAGAGCGGUAGACUUGUAAUCUGGUGAACUGGGUUCACUUCCCCACUUCUCCACAUGCAGCUGCUGGGUGACCUUGGGCUAGUCACACUUAUUUGAAGUCUCUCAGCCCCACUCACCUCACAGAGCGUUUGUUGUGGAGGAGGAAGGGAAAGGAGAAUGUUAGCCGCUUUGAGAUUCCUUUGGGUAGUGAUAAAGCAGGAUAUCAAAUCCAAACUCUUCUUCAUUAUCCUCUCUAGCUUUCUCAGUUGUUGAAGGGAGUCCUACUGGAUUCCAAACAUCUGUGUCAACAGCAGCAGUAACUAGUAGCCAGGCUGGCAGGAGGACAUUGUCAAGACUCCCUUGGCAUCACCAGAGCAAAUUGCCAAAACAAAACCCCCACCAGCACCAAACAGGCAAAACUCCUUUGAUGCCCCAGUGGAGAACGUUCUUGAGUGUCAAGCUGAACUACGCCAAGGAAGGAACUGCCUCCAGGGAAGUCCAUUUGUUUAGCUUGGGUUUUGAAGGGAAAAGAUGCAAGGCCUUGUCCUGAAUGAUGCCCGUUAGCCACAGGAUCUCCGGGGAUGGGAAGUCAGGCAAGCCCAUGCCCUGCUAACCUCUCCCAUUGCACACUUGUCUUCCACCACUUGUGAUGGUGGAGCAAUUCAGUUGAAUGAAAGGACAGGAGAGGUUGCCAUUGCCACUCUUCCCAGUGAGUCCCUGGCCCAGUCAAAUUUGGCAGAAUUUCUCCUAUGACCUCAAUGAAAUUGUCACCCCAAUUUUUGCAGCCAGACAGGAGGACCACAGCAGUGUGCUGGCAGUUCCAGAUCAGCAUCAAGAGUGACCAAAUAGUCAAUAAAUUGGAAGACACAAUGUGUUUUGGAGAUUGAGGGAUGGGGUUUUAUAUACUGAAGCAGGAUGGGUUCUUAGUGGUUGAGGUCACCCUACCCCAAUGUCGGACGCAGGUGGCGCUGUGGGUUAAACCACAGAGCCUAGGACUUGCCGAUCAGAAGGUCAGCGGUUCGAAUCCCCGCGACAGGGUGAGCUCCCGUUGCUCGGUCCCAGCUCCUGCCAACCUAGCAGUUCGAAAGCACAUCAAAGUGCAAGUAGAUAAAUAGGUACUGCUCCGGCGGGAAGGUAAAAGGCAUUUCCGUGUGCUGCUCUGGUUCGCCGGAAGCAGCUUAGUCAUGCUGGCCACAUGACCCGGAAGCUGUAUGCCAGCUCUCUCGGCCAAUAAAGCGAGAUGAGCACCACAACCCCAGAGUGCUCAUCCAUGACUGGACCUAAUGGCCCUUUACCUUUUUACCCCUUUUACUUCUCUCCCCCUCCCCAUAUUAAUGAAUGGGUGGCCCUAUUAACAAAAUAAAAAUGUUAGAUCAAUUCUAGAAGAUGCUUAAGCUCAGGCUUUGCUGAAUCUCCAAAGGA